UUGCUGUCACUUCCGGUUUAAAUAGCUUUCCUUUCGCUGUCAGUCCGUACAAGGCUCAGGUGUGUAGAAACUUCUUUUCUGUGAAAAUGAGCGACACCGGCUUGUCAGAGGCAGCAGUAGCAGCUUGUAAAGAUGGAGACCCUUUAACUAAGGAUUUUAUGAUGCAGCAAACUAUGCUGAGGGUGAAAGAUCCAGUUAAGUCCUUGGAUUUCUACACCAGGAUCCUUGGCAUGACGUUACUGCAAAAGUUUGACUUUCCCUCCAUGCGCUUUACGCUCUUCUUUUUGGGCUACGAGGACAAGAAGGAGAUCCCUGCAGAUGUGAAGGAAAGGACAGCCUGGACCUUUUCAAGGAGAGCCACCAUCGAGCUGACACAUAACUGGGGUUCUGAGUCUGAUGACAGCCAGUCUUAUCACAACGGGAACUCUGAUCCACGGGGAUUUGGACACAUCGGUAUUGCAGUUCCAGACGUUUAUGCAGCUUGUAAGUUGUUUGAGGAGCAAGGAGUAACAUUUGUGAAGAAGCCAGAUGAUGGUAAAAUGAAAGGCCUGGCCUUCAUCCAGGACCCUGAUGGAUAUUGGAUUGAGAUCCUGAGUCCUAACAACAUGGUGUCAAUCACGUCCUAAAACAGCAUCCUUCCUGCAGGUUUACAUGAGGCCUGGCCUGCUGUGGCUUCACUAGGAGAGCGCAGCAACAUUAGGAAACGUGUGUGAAAGAGCUGUGAGUCAGUGGAUUGAGAACGGUUGGAGAGGCAGUAAGGAUACCCCAGCAUGGCUCAGACGAAUAAUGGACUGAUUAGACACGACUUAAUGCAAUUAAACAUAUCUCUACUUUAGAAAGUUGUUGCUUUUUCUGUCAUCAUCUUGUCCGAAGCUCAAAUAGUUGAAAUUACAGUGAAAUAAAAAUAAAAUCCACAGCUUAAA